ACGUUGUUUUUGAACAUACUAUCAACUUUAAGUUUAGAAAUAGUGAGAGGAAAAAAAAAGGUGUAGAGAGAAAUGGCUAAGUGGUGCAUUUUGGUGUUUUUGGCUCUUGCUGUGGUUGCAACAAAUGCAAGAAAUGUGCCUGCUGGAGAAGAUGGUUUGAAGGAUCAGAAGAAUUACAUGACUGGAGCUGGUGUUUUUUCAGGCAUUGGUAACAAUGGACUGCCUUUUGGAGGUGUAGGCUUUGGUGGUGCUGGUGAUGCUGGUGGUGGACUCGGUGGACUCCCUGGACUUGGUGGUGCUGGUGGACUUGGAGGAAUCGGUGGUGGUGCUGGUGCUGGUGCUGGUGGACUCCCUGGACUUGGUGGUGCUGGUGGCUUUGGUGGACUCCCCGGACUUGGCGGCGCUGGUGGUGGUGGCUUUGGUCAACCUUGAGUGACAAGUUAAUUACUAUGCAAUUUACUUUUCUUAAGAAACUAAAUUAAAGUUGGGAGUAUUGCUAUCACAAUGUUUUAGUGUUUUAUUAGGUUUUUCAUCUAGAGGAAGAGUCUUCCUAGUAUUAUUUUGGUUUCUAAUGUGUGUGUACUUCUAACGUACAAGUUUAUUUAUUAGUUAUAAAUGUUAAAAAUUUAAGCAUAUGAACUUUUAUAUAUUUGCAA